AUGGAGAGGGCAUUGGCCAAGGAGCUACCAACCUUAGGCCACAACACCCACAUCCCCCAAGCUAGAGCUAUUGGCACACAUGAUGAGCCCAAUAUCCAUGGGCAUAGAGCUGGCAUCAGAGCACCAGCUGUGGAAAACAACAACUUUGAGAUCAAGUCAAGAUUGAUAAACAUGAUCCAGAGCAACAAGUACCAUGGUCUUGCCUUGGAGGAUCCACUAGACCACUUGGAUAACUUUGAUAAGCUGUGUGGAACAACAAAGAUCAAUGGUGUCUCUGAAGAUGCAUUCAAGCUAAGGUUGUUUCCAUUCUCUGUGGGAGACAAAGCUCACACAUGGGAGAAGAGCCUUUCAAGAGAUUCAAUCACCACAUGGGAUGAGUGCAAGAAAGCUUUCCUCACCAAAUUCUUCUCUACUUCAAGAACUGCUAAGCUAAGGAAUGAAAUCUCUGGAUUUCGUCAAAGGAAUCUUGAAGGCUUUGGAGAAGCAUGGGAAAGGUUCAACAGCUACAUCUCUCAAUGUCCUCAUCAUGGCUUCAAUAUGGAGAGUUUGCUUAGUACUUUCUACAGAGGUGCUUUGCCUAAAUUUAGAAGCCAACUUGAUACUGCUAGCAAUGGUUUCUUCUUGAGGAAAACUGAAGCAGAUGCUUUGGAGCUUGUAGAGAAUAUGGCUAAGAUUGAUGGAAGCUUCAAUGACCUCAACAACAAUUUCCUCCAACUCUCCUCUCACUUCAAGGCUUUGGAGAAUCAGUUUGCCUCUAUGCCUUCAACCUCCAAGCGCCCAAUGGGAUCUCUACCAGGAAAAUCAGAGCAAAAUUCCACAGAGUAUUGCAAUGUUAUCCUCUCUACUACUUCUUCUGAGAUUGAGUUGAGUGAUCAUGAGAAAGAGGCUGCAGCACAGAUUGUGGAUAAGACUGAACACAAGGCUAUGGAGAGGGUAAAGGCACAAGCUGAACUGAAGGUUGCAGCAGAAAAUCUGAAGAGAGAUGAGCACAAGGCUGAGAAUCAAGUUGAAAGAGAGGCUGUGCAGAGGCUAAAGGAAGUAAAGUUGAAAGGAACCACUGAGGUUGAGCAGUCACCUUAUGAUAAGUUCCCAUUUCCACAAAGGGUCCUCACCAAAGCUCAAAAGAAGGUGAUCUCCAAGUUCAGAAAGGACAUGAGUGCUGUAGGAGUUAAGCUUCCAGAGAUCUCACAUAUGCGUGAUGCUCAUGUACAAAUGAUGCUCAUCAGGGACAUUCUAGCUCACAAAGAAGAAGUAGCAGAGCUUCUAGACAUCUCUACUAUGCAGCUUGAUCCACCAGUCACACCAAAGUCCCUUCCCAAACUAGAAACCCAAGGGAAGUUCACCUUGUCUUGCUCCCUUGAUGGUGAAGAGUCUUGGGAUUGA